AUGGCCUUCCAAGGGGCUGAGCAGACCAUCCUUCGGGAUCCGGCGCUUUUUUAUUGGAUUUUGUUCCCGAUUUCAGUGGUCAUGAUCCUGACCGGAAUCCUGCGCCACUACGCAACAGUCCUGAUGAACACCCCCCCGAAAGCCCCCGCUACCCUCGCCGCAUCGCGCGAGCGCCACGCUCUUCUCCGUGGUGUUAACCUGCGGAACUAUGCUUGCGCUGUUCUGGACCGUGAAUCCUUCGAGAUGCGCAAGAACUACCUGAUCACCGGCUUCCGUAACGGCUCGUUCCUCAAGGACCCCAACAACCGGGGCCAGCCUCCUGCUAAUCCUAUGACCGACCCAGCCGGCAUGGAGCAGAUGAUGGGUAUGCUGAAGGGAAAUAUGAUGAUGAUGAUUCCCCAGACGCUGAUUAUGAGCUGGAUCAAUGCGUUCUUUUCUGGAUUUGUUAUCUUGAAAUUGCCUUUCCCCUUGACUAUUCGCUUCAAGUCGAUGCUCCAGUCUGGUGUCAUGACCCGCGAUCUAGAUGUGCAAUGGGUGUCUAGUCUGUCAUGGUACUUCCUCAACCUGAUGGGUCUUCAGUCUGUCUUUGGAUUUAUCUUGGGCAGUGACAAUGCUGCCAACCAGAUGGCUCAACAGAUGGGCAUGGCUAAUCCCGCUGCCAUGAUGAACCCGAUGCAGCCUGGACAGGACCCCGAUAAGCUGUUUUUGAGCGAGGCCGAGAACCUAGAGGUUAUGGAGUACUUCUCCAUUUUGAAUGGAAUAGAGGAGCGAGUCUUACUGAACUUUGCUCCCGAGGUGAAUUAG